AUGGUGGUGGGCAAUCAGGAUAAUGGACAGGGCUAUUAUGGUCAAGAUCAAAAUAAUCAUGAACAGCCAGGUCAUGAGGUGGAUAACAACAGUCCCUAUGAUGAUCGGGAUAGAUAUGAUCCCAAUGGCUAUGAUAGUACCCAUGGUUAUGAUAACAACAACAACAACGAAAAUGACAACAACAAUGCCUAUGAUCCUUAUGGCGAUAAUGAAAAUAAUAAUGGCUAUGACAAUAACAACAACAAUAAUGCCUAUGAUCCCAAUUACCCCUAUGGCCAGGAUAACAACGAAAACAACAGCAACAACAAUGCCUAUGACCCCUAUGGCCAGGGUAAUACCGAACAGAAUAAUGCCUAUGAUCCCAAUGAUCCCUAUGCCCAUGGCAACUCCGAUCCCUAUGCCCAUGGCAACUCCGAUCCCUAUGCCCAUGGCAGCAAUACUGAUGAUGAACAUCACGAAGCCGAACAUGAAGCACCCCGCACCAACAUCAUGACCUACGAUUGUGAUCAAAACCCUGAGGGUGAAUUCCAAUGCGGUAAUGGUGAACUGAUUCCGUGCUAUAGACGUUGUGACAAUUAUGUCGAUUGUUCGGAUGAAACCGAUGAAGAAUCGGAAAUGUGCCGCAUUGUAUUGGAACGUGAAGAUGAGGAAAGAGAGGGUGAAGGCGAAGAAGAACCGGUUGAUGUAAAUCGCGAGGAUAAUGGCUGGGAUUCAUGGCCAAAUACUCAUAAAGACACCAACACCGAUGAUGAUACCUGGAAUACUCCCGUAUCUCCACAACCCGACCACCAUGACCAGCAACCAAUUGACCGCGACGAAGAUCAAGAACAAGAUCGUGACAAUAAACAGGAUGGACGUGAAAAUGUACCCACCUAUGGUACCGUUGAUUAUGAUCGCCACGAAGAGCCUACCUAUGGUCACCAAGACCCAACCUAUGGCCAAGAAGAGCCUACCUAUGGCCACCAAGAGCCUACCUAUGGCCAUGAAGAUCAUCAAGGUGGUUCGAAUAACGGCGUGUAUGAAUCUUCGGGAGAUUAUGAUCCCAUCACUGAAACCAGUGCCGUCUAUACCCCCUCCGCUGGCUGUCGUGGUGAUACCACUUUCAUCUGUCGCGAAUCGGGUGUUCAAAUCUGUGAUGAACAGCGUUGUGAUGGUAUGGAACAAUGUCCCGAUGGUGAAGAUGAGCUGGAUUGUGGCAGUGAUGAUGACUUUAACUAUGAAAAGGUCUGCUCAAAUAACGAAUUUAUGUGCGACGAACGUUGUCUGCCCAAGGACUAUCUCUGCAAUGGCUAUAAGGAAUGUGCUGAUGGUACCGAUGAACGGGAUUGUCCAGAAAUAGAAUGCAAAUCCAAUGAAUAUAAAUGUCGUGCCGGCAACUGUAUUGACAUUGCCAGACGUUGUGAUACCAUCAGAGACUGUCCCGAUGGUGAUGAUGAGGAUGAUAGAUGCCCCGUUGUAUGCGCCAGUGAUCAACAUCUCUGUCGAGAUGGUAUCACCUGCAUCAGUGAAGGCAAUCUUUGUGAUGGCGUCGAAGAUUGUGUGGACGGUGAUGAUGAAGAACACUGUGAUAGCAGUAAGUAUUAUUGUCUUGGCAAAUUUACCUGCCGCGACUUCAGUUGCAUUUCCAUUGUCCAUCGCUGUGAUGGUCAGGUUGAUUGCCCUCAGGAUCGUUCGGAUGAGGAAGGAUGUCCCUGCUUACAUGAUAAAUGGCAGUGUGAUGAUGGUACAUGUAUUAGUAAGGAAUUAAGGUGUAAUGGCAAUAUUGAUUGCCCCGAGGAUAUAUCGGAUGAGAGACGUUGUCAUG